CUACACCGACUGUUUCCUCAUCCUCACCUCUCAAGUAUUGGCUGAGUCUUAUAUCUUACAUCAAAUUCCUUCCCCUCCUCCUAUUCUUCUUCUUCCAAUUACUCCUCUUCCUCAUUCGCCUUCCUAUCUUUCUCUUCUGCAUCACAGCGUCAACCGUCUCUCAGGUCUUGCGUCAUCCUCUUGCGUCUCCUUCCGCGCCAUGAAGUCUUCCGUUGUUGUGGCCAUGGUGGUCACGGUGGCCCUCGCCGUUGCCCGCCCCGACCUCGUCCUUGACUUUAAAGGGGAGGAACAACAACAAACACAGACGGGCCAGAGCGGGAAGAGGGUCGAGGGCUCCUAUAGCUGGACGUCUCCUGAAGGUGUGGACUUCUACGUCAAGUAUGUGGCUGACGAGAAUGGUUACCGCGUCGUGGAGUCCAAUGCCGUCCCUGUCAGUUCCUGGGGGGGUGUCGCUGAUGGCAACCAGGGAUCCUUCAAUAAAAAGAAGGGUGGGAAAGGAGCCAAGUAACUUACGCAGAAGGCGGUGACGGAGACCCUGCAAUAAGAGGAACCAGCUGAAAAAUGUCCCCCACACCACACCACACCACACCACACCACGCCACACCACACCACACCACGCCACACCACACCACACUACACCACACCACACCACCUGAAGUAGUCAAUAUAACUUGUGAUUCUUCUGACGUAGCGAGUGCUUGUCUUCUUCAGAGGACCUUUGUAAUAGGCUGUUAAGAUUCUGUUUAUUAUGAGCAAUAA